AUGGUACAAGACAACUUCGCAGCUCAGAAGAGAGCUAGCGGCGGUGGAGGAACUGGAGGUCUACCCACAACAACCACCGCCAACGGCAGAGCUCGUACCCUGCUCCCACGUGGCAGGCAGAUCAACAAGACUUUCAACAACAUCAAAAUCACAAUCCUCUGUGGCUUCGUUACAAUCCUCGUUCUACGUGGUACUGUCGGCAUUGGAAGCCUUAGUAGCUCUGACGCCGACGCUGUCAACCAGAAUCUAAUCGAGGAGACAAACCGGAUCCUCGAAGAGAUCCGAUCCGACAACGAUCCGGAUGAUUCUGCAGAAUCGGAGAUCAACCCUAAUGUCACGUACGCUUUAGGUCCCAAAAUUUUCAAUUGGGACCAGGAACGCAAGGUAUGGCUUACUCAAAACCCUGAAUUCCCCAAUUUUGUUAAUGAUAAGCCUCGGAUUUUGCUAUUAACGGGGUCUCCCCCGAGCCCGUGUGAUAACCCGAUCGGAGAUCAUUAUUUGUUAAAGGCUAUAAAGAAUAAGAUUGAUUAUUGUAGGAUUCAUGGGAUUGAGAUCGUUUAUAAUAUGGCUCAUUUAGAUAAGGAACUUGCUGGGUAUUGGGCGAAAUUGCCAAUGAUUAGGAGGUUGAUGUUGUCCCACCCCGAAAUCGAGUGGAUUUGGUGGAUGGAUAGUGAUGCAAUGUUUACUGAUAUGGUGUUUGAGAUCCCGUUGUCCAAGUAUGAUAAGCAUAAUUUGGUGAUUCAUGGCUAUCCCGAUUUGUUAUUUGAGCAGAAGGAGUGGAUUGCUUUGAAUACCGGGAGUUUUUUGUUAAGGAAUUGUCAGUGGAGUUUGGAUUUGCUUGAUGCGUGGGCUCCGAUGGGUCCUAAAGGGGCCAUUAGAGACGAAGCUGGCAAGAUUUUGACAGCCAAUUUGAAGGGAAGGCCGGCUUUUGAGGCAGAUGAUCAGUCAGCUUUGAUCUACUUGUUGCUUUCGCAGAAGGAUCAGUGGAUGGAUAAGGUUUAUAUUGAGAAUCAGUAUUUUUUGCACGGGUAUUGGGUGGGUUUGGUGGAUCGGUAUGAGGAGAUGAUGGACAAGUAUCAUCCUGGAUUGGGUGAUGAAAGGUGGCCAUUUGUUACCCAUUUUGUUGGUUGCAAACCUUGUGGUAGCUAUGGGGAUUAUUCGGUUGAACGGUGCUUGAGAAGCAUGGAGAGAGCUUUCAAUUUUGCUGAUAACCAGGUCCUGAAGCUUUAUGGAUUUAAUCAUAGGGGAUUGUUGAGCCCUAAGAUCAAGAGAAUUAGGAAUGAGACUGUAACUCCAUUGGAGUAUGUAGAUCAGUUUGAUAUUCGGCGUCCAGUGUUUGGCCACCAUGGAUCAAGGAGCUAG